GUACACAAAGCGCUCGUAUCAAUUUCUUGUGUAGUGAAACUUAAGGUUUAAAUCAAAUUCAAUAGAAACUCGCCACGCGGUUGAUAAGUUUUAUAGUUCUUCACUUUUGGCGAAUCAACUUAAGAAGGAUUUUAGCAAACAUAUAGAGAACAUUUAUAUGGGCUAUCGGGGUCCCCCGAUUGUCUGGGAUGGAGACCGAUUGAUCUUGUUCAGCCUUCUUUGCACCAAUACUCGAACUCCUAAUUUCGGUUUUUGGAUCUAUCAAAGACUUAAAAAAACCCUCCAUCAUGCAUUGGGAGAAAACUACGGAAGAUAGAAGGUCACCUAGAUCACCGCGCAUGCUUACUCGAAAGACUAAGUCUGCAAGAGAGUUGUAUCGCCCUGCUAUUAAAGACCUAAGUGAAGAAACUAGGAAGAUUUACCCCGAUGAAAACGAGGAUCCAUUCAUGGCACCGGGUCCAGCUGUAAGUGAACCAGAUCUGUAUGCAAGGGCACUCACAGAUCGUGACAACGCAACCGAGAAUUCACCGGAAGUGACGACAUUACAACCGGCCUUCUCUAUAAAUCAGCGCAUCCAGGCGGCGGUGAUCGAAACGGAAUGCUACCGGAACAGGAUGCCCACAUCAGCAUCUAACCGACUGCGUCUUCUCAACACAUUCAAACGUCCUAGAAGUGUGGACAGUUACUUUGCUUCCCCCUACCAAAACGAGGCUCCCCUUGAUCAAAGUAUUCACAUCACAAACUUGCCUAAUGUUCAUCAUGUUCACAAGCCACACCGAAAAAGAAAUGCACCGUUACAAAGCACAACAACUCAAACUUAUGAAAAUUUUCACAGACCACAAAUUCGUCAUGUGAUACAAAAUGGGACUAUGCUCUCAGACGGAAGUACGGGGAAGAUAAGUGGUUUUCACGAGUAUCUCAUAAGUAAACACCCAACAGUGAAACAAAGAAUAGCCUCUUGGCUGACUGAUGGACUGAAGGUACAAAGUAUCAGGCUACGAAACAGUCAGAGAGAGAAAAUAUCAAAUCAAAAAGCACCAGGAAAGUUGAGAACUAAUUUGACAGAAAGAAAAUUGUUCAUUCACAGGGACUUAACAGAUCUGGAGGCAGAGGGGGAAGAAAUUGAAAGUAAAAUUUUCGAACUUAGAAUUUCUUCUUUGCAACCUUCGGGAUGACCAACUUCUCUUUCUUUUUCUUCAGUCAUUAAAUGUGCACUUGUCUGUAAUUUAU